CAUGAUUAAGUAAUCUUGCUUGAGUCUAAAUUCACUAUUUAUAGUCGAGUUCCUUUCUUUACGAACGUAACCACUUUUUACUUUUCCUUACCAAAUCCUAAACCGUUUACAUAUAUCAUCUUUAAUCUUUCUAGGUAGAUUGCCUGCUCUUCGAUAGUCUCAGCUUCGAUUCAUAGUUGAUCGAACUGAGCCUCAAAUCAGAUAACGACCUCUGUUUUCCUUGAUACUCAUUUUCAACGGCAAUUAUACCCCUCAUCACAGUUCAACCAUGACGGAUAUCUUGAUGAUUCAUCCAACAGAUUGGUAUUCCUUUCACCAUGAUAUGUAUCAAGAUUUCCAUGAUCAGAUCGAGUCUCUGUACGAGGUUCAAGAAGCAAAGACCAUAGACGAAUCUCUUGCAUCCCUCGAUGCGCAUCCUAAGCCUAAAGUGGUCCUUCUAGUCCAUGGCGAGAUUUGUGACAAGGAGCAUUCUAUGGUGAUCAAGAAAGUCUCGACAUUCGCCAAACAAGGUGGAACUGUGAUCAUGUGUUUCAACUUUGCGAGUUUCUUACCAUUCCCGACAACCAAAUGGAUCUUUCAAAAACAUCUUGGUCUUACAUGGGAGCUUGGAGCCUACACGAGACAAGAUUUCAAGAUCAACAAGAUUUUCAAAAACGUUUUCAAGAUUCCCUUGGACACCAAUUAUAACGUAAAAGCUUUAAACAUCACCAAAGUCUCCGAGCAUUGUCAGAUAUAUACUGUGACUGGAGCGGUCAAACAUGAAUCAUCGGUCAUAUUUGAAAGGUACACCGAUACAGGAUUCAUUGGCUACAUUGGAGAUGUGAACAAUCAGACUGGAAGUCAAACUGUUCUGUUAGCUAUGCUAGAUAAGGCAAUCAACAUCAAUAUUCCACGCACGCACCCGAAACAUAGCAAAGGCAAAGCUAAGAAGGUGCCGAUAAAAGCCGAGAUUGAAUCACAAGAUGAUCAAGCAGGUCAAUCAACUAGCCUACAGGGUAGAAUGAGUCAACUUACUAUUUCGGCUACACAACCCACACAAACGAAGUCUUCGCAUGUCAACAAAAGACGCGAGAGGAGAAAACUUGGCGCUCAAAAUGCUCAGUCUAGCCAGCCAAUAGAUCCUCAAGUUAACAGAAGUCAAUCUACUGCACCGGCUACUUAA